CACCAAUCAUUACAUACUCAACAGGAGUAAAGGCAUCAUAGACACUCGGUGAAGGAAAAAAAGAAGAAUGGCAAUGGCAUGACCGAUGCACGAUACAUGAAAGGUGUGUUGUUAUUUGUUAAUACAAAAAGAAGACGUGGCAAACUACCUAGAAACUGAAUGAAAGAGAAAAGGGGGAAAUAGUUUGUUGGUAGAGGAUAGAGAUUAGAAGAAGAAGGGUGUCAUUGUUUGUUGUUGCAGAGGUUGGCAGCAGUGUGGAAUCUGACCGUACUUUUUGGAAAACAGUAUAUAACUUGUACGUUUGGGUGGUUCUCCAAAACUUGUAUCUACCGAAAUCACAGCUCAGCCCCUUCCUCCUCCUUCUUCUUCUUUCUCUCUUUCUCUCUCUCUCUCUCUCUCUCUCUCUCUCUCUCCCUCUGUCUCUCUUCUUUUCUUCAGUUACCUCACACCACCCUCCCACAUUUCAAUAAUUCCCUCUCUUUUUUUUUCCUCCCUGCAUCUUCUUCAGUACUACCUUACGAGGAUGGGAAGAGUUAAAUUAAAGAUAAAGAAAUUGGAGAGCACCAGCAAUCGCCAAGUGACUUAUUCAAAGCGGAAAAGCGGAAUCUUGAAGAAAGCAAAGGAAUUGUCAAUACUAUGUGAUAUAGAUAUUGUUCUUCUCAUGUUUUCUCCAACAGGAAAGCCUACAUUGCUACAAGGAGAGCGCAGCAAUAUUGAGGAAGUCAUUGCAAAAUUUGCUCAACUUACCCCACAAGAAAGGGCCAAAAGGAAAUUGGAAAGUCUUGAAGCACUAAAGAAAACCUUCAAGAAAUUGGAUCACGAUGUAAAAAUACAAGAUUUCUUGGGUUCAAGCAGUCAAACUGUGGAGGAAUUAACUCAUCAAGUAAGGCUUCUACAAACGCAGCUAACAGAUGUACAUCAGAGACUGAGUUAUUGGAAUAAUAUUGACAAGAUCAAUAGCAUAGAACACCUUAGGCAAAUGGAAGAAUCACUCAGGGAAUCAAUUAAUCGAGUGUGUUUACAGAAGGAAAAUUUGGGAAAGCACCAAAUAAUGUCUCUUGAAUGUGCCAAUCAGGAUGGAAUGACUUUACCCUUGAUGAUGGCUGGUCUGCAAGAAAACCAACCAUUGUCUUGGCUUUUGAAUAACGAUAACCAUCAGUUGAUGUUGCCGAGCGAACCGAAAUAUCUGCAAUAUAGCGAUAAUACCAAUAGAGAAGCUGAGCGCUCAACUGAUGUUUCGCUCCCUGGAUACUCCAGUUACAUUGCCAAUAAUGGCAAACUUGACAGCUCUCCCCAAGUCAAUACCAUAGGUCAGGCAGGCAGUGGCUUGAAUGAGUUGAACGGCACUGCUUGCUUAAAUAUACAACGUUGUGAGCAAUUUGCAUACCCUCCUCCUCCUCCUCCUCCUCCAGAUAAUGAGGAAGUGAAACAUCGCACGACAAUGUAUAAUGAGAAUGGCCAUGAUAAACUAAAUACUUCAGAUUACCAAGUUCAUAAUGGCUUUGAUUUGCCAAGAUCACUGUUUGAAAACGGACACCAGUUCUGGAAUUCUGCUCCUGGGCCUUGUGGGGUUGCCAUGUAUAACGAGAAUGGCUACCAUAGGUAAUCGAUUGACUCUGCCACCCCUACUAACUGAUUGGCUUCUAACAUUUUUAUCCUUUGAUGAUGUUAACUUUGAAGGACUCCAGAAACCAGAUUAGGUUGCAUCUCCAACUAUGAGGGUCAAUGCACUUCAUAAGGGUUGGUUGUGUUAGCUGUAUAUACUGUAUGACUUAAUAGGAUGCAGUUUGUCCACAUACAAAUAUUUUCUGUUAUUUUUCACUUUUUGUUUACUGUUAGAUUCUUGGAGUUGAUGCAGUUAUCCAAGCCAUGAAUGUAAAAUAUUGUAGAAAAAUUAAAUUGAUUUACAUUGAGUAAUGAGUGCAGUUGUAACUACUAGUAUUAGGAAACUGCUUCUUGAAGUCAAAUGUUCAUUACUAACCAAA